AUGCAUAAUGGCCAAAAAAAGUUUAGGCUGAUUGAUUGGUUAAUAUUUUGGUCUAAGUUUACAAUACCCAAUCAAACAUGCACCGCCACGCGGUUAAAACUCUUCGGCUUCCACGUCACCGAGGAUCGCGAAGAUCCCGUCGGACCCACCGGAGCUCCGCCGCACUCCGCCGGCCGGAGGUACGAGUGCCCAUACUUUCGCUGCAAAUUCGCCAACUCGCAGGCCCUCGGAUGCCACCAGAACGCGCACAAGAAAGAGCGCCAGCAACUCAGGCAAGCCGCCGCUGCAUACGGCCGCAUCCCCAUGGCCUCCGCCUUGUUGUCGCCGGCCCACCUGCUCGUUCCGUCGCAGUCGUGGGUGUGCGCCCCACGCGCCGAUGGGACGGUCCACGUGGCGCGCCGCGUAGGAGAGCCUGGCCCAUCUCGGCAGAGCGUUGGCGUUAAGGCCUAUAGUGGGAGAUUCGAUGGGCCUUCGUUGAGUAGAUUUACGAGAUUUAAUGAUGGGCCUGGAUUUGAAGAUGAGGUGUUUGGGCUAGAUUUACACCUGAGCCUGGCCCCAGCCGCGCCGUAA